CCUUACUCCUGUAGUCUCUGCUAGACGCUGAACGCGGUAACCGUGUUAACUCACUGCUCGCGGUACCGGCUAUAUAAGUUUAGUUAUUUUUUUGUAGUAAUUACAUUCAUAAAAAAUUCAUCCAUGUUUAAUUUUUAAAAAAAAAACCCAACAUUUCUUGCACUCGAAAGCUUUAAGUGCGUAAAACAAUAUCACAUUUCGCGUACACUAUGAAAACGUUAUGGGCUAUCGUUUUAAUAAUAUCAUUUCUGGGUGCAAUCAGAUCGAAUUUGCAGGACGAAUACAGUCAAUAUUCGUUUUACCAGAAGCGGCCUUUAAGUCCUCGGCCAAUGGACUCGAUGGCAGAUCUAACUAAUGACCUUGGAGUUUGUGUCUUGCGGGUUAUAGCUGCCGGAGGAGUGGCUGGCAACAUUGCAUUUUCCCCUUUCGGUUUAAUGGCUGUAUCGGUGUUGUUAUAUGAGGGUUCUAGUGGAUAUUCUGCGCUACAGAUAAAGCAAUCUUUGAAUUUGCCUUGGGAAAUUUUAGCAGUUAGGAUCGGGAUGAGAGACUUAAAUCGUUACCUCAAAACAUACUUCAAAAGCGACGGAUUUUUAAACGGUUUAACUAUGAGUCGAGAAGAAGUCUGCUUGAGACCUCAAUUCAAAAGCGUUCUUCAACUGUACGGUUUUGACGAGCCGAAUAGUUUCCUAAUUGAUUCGUGCCCUGAAGUAUCUUCUACUACCCAAUCCGUAGCUAUUACUACUGAAGGUACCGUUGUCGCGGAAAUGACUCCAACCAGCCAAACUAUUCAAGUGACGAAUGUUACCAAAGGAUCAGCCAGUGAUGUAGAUACGGUAAUCACUGAACUUCCAGUUACAGCCAAAGUGACGUAUGUGGGUGACGGUAGUUUUACAAUGUCGAAAAUAGACAUGAGCACAAAUCCAGCGAUGAACUCUCAUACUGAUAAAAUGGUGGUCGAAAUCGGGACACAGCCUCAAAUAAAACCCUUAGAUUCGACCACGACCAGUCAACCGGAAACCACGAAAUAUCUAGCCGUCGAAGAAGCACUUAGAUCUUCGAAUGAAAUAGACAACAGUGACUAUGGACCUUAUAAUUUCGGGCCAACUGAUAACGACGAUUUUUUCGGGAGCCUGUCUUCUAACGAACCAAUGUUAGCGGAGGCUACGGUCACACAAAUGAGUUUGGACAUAAGUAGUAACGCGUUGACUUCAGAAACUAAACCUAUGCCACUGGCUAAUAACACUGAACCAAACGCUAAGCUGGUCGAAACAUCAACUGGCCCAAGCGUGACCGACACCGAUUUUCCUGCAACAUCAAGUAUGCCAGCUAUUGAAAUCGAAACAAUUUUAACUAACGCUUCUGAGAAAUCGACGAAAGACCCUUCAGUUACUACUCCUACUACUAGUACUAUAACUACUACUACCCCUAGUACUAUUACUUCUAUCCCUACUAUUACUACUACUAUCCCUAUUAGUACUGUUAUUACUGAGACUACCUCUAUUAAUACUGUUACUACUGAGACUACCCCUAUUAAUACUGUUACUACUGAGACUACCCCUAUUAAUACUGUUAUUACUGAGAGUGUGACUGAAGCAGUAGUUAGUAACAAAAUUGUUGAGAUCGACAAUCGAAUUACAAGCUUUGUGGAAGCGACUACGCCAAUUAUUAUAGAGGAAAUUAAUUUGGUCCAAGUCCAAAACGAGACGUCUAAAAAUUUAACCCAGGAGUUCGGAGUUGGCAGUACUGAAGAAAUUAUCACAUCUACGAAGACUACUUUCGAUAGCGAUGGAACUACUGUGAUGGAGUCUUCGGUGUCUCCGUUGCAGAGUCUGUCUGGAAGCAAUGGAAGCAACACUACCGAAAACGAAAUAAUAUCGGAAGCUGAAUCCAAUCAAAAUUACCGAAUUGCACCAUUUGACCGCAAUGGCGGUAGAUCGAUAGAAGGAUAUGACAACUUGCCAUCGUUUGAUGUAGAAUUUGUCGUCAAAAAAGAUGAUCUAAGAGCCGACUGUAAUAGUACGAGAAAAAGGACCCUAAUAAAACCCGACAGAAUACUGAUGCAACGACCAAAAAAUCCGGCUAUAACAAUUGCACUAAGAGAACCGAAGAAACGCAAAAGAAGAUACUUGGGCCAAUCAGUUCAAGGAUAUAACGGAAGACAAAAUCAAUGGUAUAGUGGAUUUAAGUCUUAUGUACCAUCACCUGGUUGGAUUCAACCCAAUCCCUUUGAAUCAUCCAAUUUGUACAAUGCGGGUUUUCAAAAAAUUCCAUUCUUCACAUUCACAGCUAUGCUGCCGUUCGGAUUUAUCUUCGAACUUAAGUCCCAAGUUAUCGAACUUCCCUUAGACGAUCCCAGGUACACGCUGAUGAUACUCAUGCCAAAUCAUCCCGGCGGGCUGUCAGAGUUGCUUUUACUGUUGCCAACGUUGUCCCUGCGCAACAUUCACAAUUCCUUGAAACCGGCUGCAGUGCACGCGACGGUACCCAUGUUUAAGUAUACGGCCAAAGUCGACUUGACUGCAGCUUUACAACAGAUUGGCAUCCAGGACGUCUUUUACAGAUACAGAGCCGAUAUGUCGUUCAUGUCGCCGGACGCUCGGUUGUUCGUCAGCUCAGUACAACAGGUGGUGUCGGUCACGGCAAAAAAGUACAGCACUCAGUCGGUUUAUGAAAUUCAACGCAAGUAUGUGCAACAUAAUUUUGUGGUGUCCAGGCCUUUCGUGUACUUUGUGCUGGAUUUACACACCAAAGUCAGUCUUAUCGCUGGAGUAAUAACUGAUCCAUUAGCAUCGCCUAUCUGGACACCAUAAUUUUGGCAACACGUGCCACCACUUCUUAAUUAAGGUCAACUACAGUAUAAUUUGUAUAAGAACACUAGUUAUCUCAAAAAAACAUUUGUUAUUUAAUAAUGUCAAAAGAACAAUGUUAACAUGACAUUGAUUAAAAUAACAUGGAUUUAUUUGCCUUUCUUGGCCUUUAUUUUCCUAUGGUAGAAUUCCAGCUCUUUUCCUUCCAAGAUGUAACCGUCUGCUCGUCCACAUUGACCAGGUCUGCUAGCUAAGCAAGCUAAAAAAAAAGAA